ACGUCAGCCUCGGACGCCAAGUAAUGUGACGCAGCAAAAUCUGGUGUCCGCUCAGUUACAGCCACAUUCCUCGAGUAAACUCGACAUUAACAGUCAUGGCGAAGAACAUGAUGCUUUACUGGUGCUCCGGCUCUCCGCCGUGCUGGAGGCUCAUGAUCGCGCUGGAGGAGAAGAAACUGCAGGGAUACAAUCACAAACAUCUGUCGUUUGACAAGAAAGAGCAUCAGUGUGCAGAAGUGAAGGCGCUCAACCCCAGACUUCAGGUUCCAACUUUCAAGCACGGAGACCUCAUCGUGAACGAGUCUUUCGCCGCGUGUCUGUAUCUGGAGAGUGCGUUCAAGUCUCAAGGAACCCGUCUGAUCCCGGAGGAUCCAGCGGAGCAGGCGCUCGUCUACCAGCGCAUGUUCGAGACCAACAACCUGCAGCAGAAAAUGUAUGAUGUGGCCUUCUACGAGUAUUACGUCCCGGAGGGAGAGCGUCACGAGUCGGCCCUGAAGAGGAACCGAGAGAGUCUGGUCGCCGAGCUGAAGCUGUGGGACGGGUACUUGGAGAAGAUGGGUAAAGGGUCGUUCCUGGCCGGCAAGAGCUUCACCAUGGCGGACGUCGUUUGUUUCCCAGUUAUCGCCUAUUUCCCACGACUUCACUGUCCUAAAGAGAGAUGUCCCAGACUGAUGGAGUAUUAUGAAAUGUUGAAGGAGCGUCCCAGUAUUAAGGCCAGCUGGCCUCUGGAAUGGCUGGAGAAACCCGAGGGUGAGGACACACUGAAGAACCUGUGAGGAACAUCGAGACGUUCAGCGGAUCACAUUAAUAUUGCAUUAAUAAGUUCAGCUUUGAUGUAUUCAGUAAUUGCUUGUGAUGUUUUCUAACAGUUGUUUAUGCAAGAAAUGUUGAAUUAAUUCACACCUACAACUGUUAAAUCACAGCUCUUGUCUAGUUUGCUACACCUUUCAUUUGUGAUGUUUUCAGCUUCUGUUUGUGUCUGCCCAUUUAAUUUGUGAACUUUAUUUUGAACCGUUUCUAAAGCUUGUGAUUGUAUGUGAAUGUGAUGGCAGAUUACCUCCAGACAGCAGCAGUGUGGGCCGGAUCUGGGCUUCAAUUAAACGAUUACAUUUCAUACCGUCGCAGUGUUUUAUAGAAGCAAGCAUUGGUUCAUGUUCAUACACAUAAUUUUUCUUAUUUAUCAUGUUUAUUCUUCCAUAUUUGUUCAUUAAAUAAAAAGGAAGUCAAUUCAA